GCAACAAUAUACACGAUGAUGAAAUUGAUUCGAAACGCUUUUCCGGGCACAAUGUAUUUGAUUGUCCGGACGGAUUUAAAGAUGGGAAAGGGAAAAAUUGCUUCUCAAUGUUCACAUGCUGCCGUACUUUGUAAGGCCUCAGGCUUCCAGGCAAGUCAACGUCGAAAUGGCAGUUUACUUAAAAAUUGGAUGCUGUGCGGACAACCGAAGAUUGUAUUAAAAGUUGAUAAUUUAGAGGAACUGGAAAAAUUAGGAAAACAAGCGGAAGAAUUGGGCAUAGUCGCUGAAGUCGUUAGAGAUGCUGGUAGAACGCAAAUACCUGAAGCGACUGUUACAGUGUUAGGUUUAGGUCCGGAAGGCAAAGAACUUGAGUCACUUGUAAAACAUCUGAAGCUACUGUAAAUAGAAACUGCUGUCGUUGUUCGAUUGUCGAUUUUAGCAAGAGUAAAAUGUUGAACUUUUGCC